UUGACGUGGUUGGCCCGGUAACGGACAUGCGCCGGACAAACAUUCUCAUAUCAAUUCUUGUCUUCAUCUUCUUUCAUCCACAUACAUACAUAGUUAUUUCAGCCUGACAUUCCGCCCCUGGGGCAGACUGUGUUUGUUGUCUCACCCCUGCGUGUCCCUCCUUUGCUGUCACUGCAGAAACUCCCAAUUUGAUGGAGUGCUCUUGAAUUGGCCUCCCUUGAUCGCGGAUCUUUAUUAUCCUCAGGCUAUCCUUUAUUCUGCUGCUGCUGCUGCUGUUCCCGACAUCCAGUCCAUAAUGGACGGUGACGAAAACGCUCAUCGAUUCUCUUCGGGUAUCCCUCGCCUAAAUCGAGCCAACCCCAAUGGGAGGAGUCUUCAUGAUAUCACCGUGUCCGCGAACAACAGCGCGGCUGGCACCAUGAUGCCUCCACUAGGCACUACUAGCCGAAAACAUGUCGAAUCAAUCACAACACAACCGGCCGCCCCGGCUAGAAAAACGUUGGCUGAAAGGGGCGGGGAAACCAGAAAACAAAACCGCUUUGGCCAUUCUGCCUCGAAAUCUAUGAGUUCUAAGCCCUUAUAUUCCGCCUCGACGUCAACAUCUUCCCGUCCUGCAUCUGCCGCUUCGCGAAAUAAUCCAUACAACCCAAAGUCUUCUUCCAAUGGCCCCAGUUCGCGAACAAGGUCCUCCACUCGAAACAUCGCCCGGCCCCAGACUUCUUUCGGAUACAGGUGCUCACAUGGGGCCUCUUCCCCACGUCCGAUAACCUCAAUGAGCACUCGAGAUGACGAUCUCCAUGACUCCGUUUUAGGGAAACGAAAGGUCGAAGCAUGGGACCAGGACGCCAAAAUGGAAAAAAUGAAUGCUAUGUGUGAUCUGCUCUUGAAUCGAUUUCAAGGUACAACGAACCAGAGUGCCGGCCUCAAGGAGGCAAUAGAACUGUACAAAUCUCGACUCCAGGAGGUAGAGGAGAAAAACUCACAGCUUUCAGAACAUAACAUUACACUCCGUGUUGAGCUUGACACUACAAAAUCUCGCCUGUUGUCGGUUGAAAAAAGUCUUAAAGAUGCUUCGCGCGACCAUGAGAUUGCAAUUGACGAUUUGGACAGACAGCACCGCAUCGAUUUAGAAACUUCACGUCAAGAGGCUAGGAACCAAAUUGAAGAGCUUGUAGCUAGACAUAAGGAAGAACUGAGGGAAUUACGUCGCCGGUUUGACAAUGAAGUCGAGAAUGAAAGGAGCAAACUACGACAAGAGCUAAACCAAAUGAACGCGCAGACUUCCAUGGAUAUACAACGUACCCAAAUCGAAGUCGAGAACAAGGAUCGAGAGCUACGGGACGUAACAGCGAAGGUGGAUAGCUUGACCAGUGACUUGAAUCGUGAACGCGCACUUAACAAGGAGCUCCAGCAAAACUUGGUGCAGCAUAGCAGUAACAUCAUGACUUUAGAGUCUUCCAUUAGUGCUCUGAAGGCUAGGAUUGAGUUCCUCGAGUCCGGCAAUAAAGAACAGUCUGAUGCAUUUGGCCGUCUGGAUCAGGAACUCCGGGAUGCACUAGCAGAAACUCAAGCUACAAAAGACAAACUGCGCAAAGAAGAGACAUUGCGACGGAAGCUCCAUAAUCAAAUACAGGAACUGAAGGGAAAUAUUCGCGUUUUCUGUCGCGUUCGUCCCAUGCUUGAUAAUGAGCCCGUCGAGGAUUCCGCGAGAAUCGAAUUCCCUGAUUCGGAAGCUGACUCCAAGGAAAUUUCGGUCCUUGGCCCAGAGGAGAAGAGUAGCCUAGGGAACAUCACAACCAAAAACUAUGCUUACUCCUUCGACCAUGUGUUUGGCCCAUCAUCUCAAAACACCGAUGUCUUUGAGGAAAUUAGCCAACUGGUUCAGAGCGCUCUAGAUGGAUACAAUGUUUGCAUAUUCUGCUACGGCCAAACAGGCAGCGGGAAAACUCACACGAUGUCCUCUGAUGACGGUAUGAUCCCUCGCGCCGUUCACCAAAUAUAUGACACUGCCAGUGCGCUCGAAGAAAAGGGAUGGCAAUAUACCAUGCAGGGAAAUUUCGUCGAGGUUUACAAUGAAAACCUGAACGACCUACUGGGUAAGGCGGAGGAAUUCGACAAGAAGAAACACGAGAUUCGUCAUGACAUGCAGAAAUGCAAGACCACCAUCACAGACAUCACAACCGUCGACCUGGAUUCACCUGCUCGCGUGGAGUCCAUCCUACGUCGAGCUGCCAUGAAUCGCUCAGUCGCUGCAACCAAAGCGAACGAACGAUCUUCUCGAUCACACUCCGUUUUCAUCCUAAAGUUGAUCGGAGAAAACCGCCUCACGGGGGAAAGAAGUGAAGGUACACUUAACCUUGUUGAUCUUGCUGGCAGCGAGCGACUGAGUCAUUCCAAGGCCACGGGUGAGCGGUUAAAGGAAACACAAAGCAUCAACCGUAGCCUCAGUUGUCUGGGAGAUGUAAUCGGGGCUCUUGGCCAAGGCAAAGAGGGUGGACAUAUUCCAUAUAGAAAUAGCAAGCUUACAUAUCUGCUUCAAUUUUCUCUGGGGGGCAACUCCAAAACGUUGAUGUUCGUUAUGGUCAGCCCAAGACAGGAGCAUCUCAGCGAGACCCUAACAAGCCUCAAGUUCGCGACAAAGGUCCACAAUACUCACAUCGGCACUGCGAAGAAACAUACGAAAAUGAUUCGCGAAACAUAGUGUUAGUAUAAUUUUCUUUUUCUUUUCCUUUUGUUUUUGGUUUGGCAUACCCGGAAGCUUUUCGACGCUGCUUUGGUUUCGUGUUUUUUUGUUUUAACCUCGACGAUUUCUUUGGAGUUUUAGGUUCCCAUUUUACCCCCAGUUGGCCCUUGUUGGCCAAUAGCACACCCAAGUUAUGUCAUAUACAGAGCUAUGUAUUGCUGUUAACGUGGUUUGGAGAGGUAUUUUUCUGUUUUAGGGCUUAAUUAGGCUUUGAUCAGUGUAGAUAUGUUUGUCCAGAGCUCUUGGGCUCGGGCACUUCUAGUUUAGGUCGUGUGUACGGGUACGACAAGAAUUCUGAACUUUUUAUGAAUUUUCUCGUCGUCCUUGCGGCUCAAUAUUACCUUCUAAGACUAUCGUUAAAAGAAAAGACGACCAUUUAUAAAAGGGUAUUAUCGAUCUCUUUAGUAUGAGCAUCGCUCGGACUGCUCAAACUCACGCUUCUGCUCUCAAACAGACCACACAAUUCAUCCGUUCCACUGCAAUCAUCUAUCAAGAAAGUCCCUGAUUAAGAUGAACGUUUCGUCCGGCUUCUCAAGCCAAGGAAAAUGCCCGCACUCAUCUAAUAUAACAACGGUAGCGCGAUCUACACCAAGAUCCCUCGUCUGCUCCGCAUUUUCUGUCGUGCACUGGCAAUCUUGACCGCCAAAUAUGAUCAGCGUGUCCGCCGUGACAUGCUUCAGCCCAUCAAUCAUCCUCUUGCCGAUCGCAGCGGUCCGAUCACACAGCCGCAUCUGAUCCAGGCACCAGAAUGAAUACCCUUGAUCCCCGACCGCCUCCAGAUACCUGGGCACGUGGGUUGUGGGGUCAAAGAAAUAGAGCGGGCUGAUUCUGGUCAUGAACGCCCCCAGCUCCUCAUCGUUCGUCGGGUAAUCCGUCGCUAGCGCCCGGUAUGCAUCUGCGAACCGCACGUCCCCCCCUCUCUCCCUCUCCUCCCGAUAGCGCCUGGACGCUGCCGAGUCAUCAUGCCCUAGCAGCCGGUGAUCGAGUAGGAUGAGUUUCGCAACGCGUCGCGGGAACGUGGCGGCGUAUGCCAGCACGAUGGUCCCGCCGUGCGAGUGGCCCAGCAGCACGGGGUAGCGGUCGAUGUUUAGAUGCUGCCGGAACAAGUCGAGGUCGGCGGCCAUGUCGAAGGAGGUCAUUGUGGCUGGGUCGGUGGGCCGUGAGGAACCUCCUGACCCGCGCGGAUGGAAGAAGAUGAGUUUGUACUCGUUUUCUAGCGGGGUGAGGCCCGAUUGGAGGUAGCGGGGUCCGAUGCCCCAGCCUGGACAUUGGAUGAGGAGGGUUUUGUCCAAAUUGGCGGUUGUGGUUCCGCAAACGCUGUAUUUGAAUGUUAUCCCAUUGGGGGCCUUGAAGGCAUGGGUGCCUGGUGAGAGUUGGCUCAUGCUAGUGUUUGAAGGGGAUGUAUUAUUCCAUUUGGCUGUGGAGGAGGGUUUGCUUGUGGGAAGCUGGUGGGGAAUGAAUGGAGUUGUAUGUUUUAACUCAGGUGUUGGUAGCGAUUGUGAGGUCAUUGUAAACUUGUCUAGGCACAUGUACUGACUGUACCUAGACGUGGAUUUAUAUAUAUAUCACCGUGUCAAGAAUUGGAUGUUUCUACUUGAUCAAGGAAGGACCAAGCUUCUAUUGAUAAACACCG